GGCGGUGCCCCGUGUGAGAAGAAGGGUGGCAUGCUCGGUGGAGAACAGCGGCGAGAGACAUUUAUUUUUAGGGGUUCUUUUGUGUCGAUUUUUGUUUUUUAGUACAAGUUUUUUUUUUAAACUAGUAUUUUCUUUUGAGAGGGAAAACUAGUACUCGUCGAGGUAGCAGAAGUUUUUCUUUUUUUUUGAGGCGGAGAACUAGAUUUUUUUUAUUUUUUUUUUGAGUUGAGAAAGAACGGGGAGUAGAUAGCACGAUCCAUUGUCUUAGUGAAGCCCAAGUAGCUACUAUCUACACUUCCACAGCCUGCUGAUAUUUUCCCCGGCGGCCCAUUUAACGCUAGCCUUCCAGUUCCAGGCCAUCGCGGGUUAACGCAAAAACGAAAAUCUUCCGCUCGCUCAUCGCGCGGGUACUUUCUUUUUGCCAAACCUCUUUCCCGCAUUCUCGGGCACUUCGAAUUUUGACUCUAGGUAAAACCAAAUCAGAGCUAGCUUCUUCCUCGCGCAGCCGCCCGUCGCUCGCCUACCCCACUCGAGGCUCGACACCGACCUCCUCCGCUCCCAUGGCCGGCAUCCCCGACGAAUCCGCCGGUCAAAGCCAGGCGCGCAGAUGCAGCUCGUACAUCCAUUCGUUCCCAUCCGAGCCGCCGGACAUCAGGAACUGGUUCUCGAGUUACGAAUACGAGUCGCCGGAGGAUACGGAGCUGUCUGCGUUCCCUUCCCAGCCGCCGGACAUCAGGAACUGGUUCUCGAGUUACGAAUACGAGUCGCCGGAGGAUUCGGAGCUGGUUGCUGAUCCUGGCGACGGCAACGGCAGCGAGACCCAAGACCCAUUGGAGUACCGGGUGCCUGGGCAUUCAUUGCCGAAACACUCCCGUCAGGAUGGCGGCACUGCUUUGAGCGGGGACUGUUCUGUGGCUCAGUCUGAGCAUGAAGUUUCUGCCGCAAGAGAUUUCCUUCCGAUUAGUAGGAGCAUGGUGGAACGCGGCGCAAAAAGGAAACAAAGUCCGAGGGAGUUGCUUGGAGCUAGUUUUCUUGACGACCAUGACAAAGCUACUGAAUCUGAAACUCUGACGGUGUCAAAUGUGCAUAUUAAUGCAGUGGAGCAUCUGUCAAAUUGCAAUGCUGUAAGUGAACGAAGCCAUGAAGGUGCAGUCGGGUACACCGAGCUGCCAGCAGAAUGCGAUGGCAUCAGUUCAGCUGAAACUCAAGAAAACCCUCCAGGAGGUCAGGAGACCAAGCACAUCAGACUUCCAGUUAAUUGUGGCAGUACAAGCUUAGCUGCAGAUACUGAAGAAGGCUUCCUAGAAGAUGUCACUGAACAAACUGAAGUGCCAGCUAAUUCUAAUUGCAAUGUCCUAGAUGAUACUGAGAAAACCGGCAUCAAACACCGCAUACCGCCUGUUAAAUCUAAUGGCAUUGUUUCAGUUGUCACCAAAGAAAGCUCUCCUGUGGAUGGUAUCAACUGUGGCAAGCCUACAUUGGUGCACCAGAAAGCAGAAGAAACAGCUUCAGGCAAUGGUUUUAUUACCAUUAGGAAAAAGGUGGAGCUGGCAGAGCGAUGCAGGGCAGCCAAAAUUCCUAAGUCCUCAAAGGAAAAUGAGGCGGCAACUUUGCAAGAGAACCACUGCCACAUUUUGGGACAGAAUGUUUCGGCCCGAGAUCGCACCAGAAAUCCCUUAUCAGACAGGACCAAUGUUUCAGAAGUUGCAGGAGCUCCAGCACUCGAGCCCUCGGGGAGAUGGAAGUGCCCUCGCAGAGGCAAGCCCUAUGUUGGCCCUCCGUUGAAACAGCUUCGGUUGGAACAGUGGGUGCGCCGAAUGAACUGACGCUGCAUCAUGGAAUAUUUGCCAGCUUGUUAAAGAGUGUUUGCAUCAGGUCGUACUUGAGUUUUUGCUUGAGAAUUUGGUGCGACGUUUCAGCUUUCGUGUUUGCGCCUAGCCUGUCGUAGUAAGUGUUUUCUCUGAAGGUCACUCAACAUGGCGGUUAAGUGUCCCAUACUUUUCAUCAUAUAUCCAUAAGAUCAGCGAUUUACCAACCGUCGGCACCUCAUUUCCUCCAUCAAAGUAAACAACUUACACUUUUCUGCACAUUUAACUUAUGGGUUUUAAUUCAGUCUGAAAAUAGAAAAACCUUCUCUAGCACAUUGGUCCUCCCAUUUUGACCUUAAUUAUUGACCUCUGUUUUCUAUCUUUUUUUUCUUCUCUGGUCGUGUUGGCCAUUCUGCUCCAUGGUGGCAUACUUUUCAUCAUAUAUCCAUAAGAUUUUCGACCAUCCUUACAGAGUGACCCACAUGUCAGGCCGGCAUAUGUGGCCUGUUACGCUUUUGAUCAGGGUUCAAAAUUUUGGCAACCCUAAAUUUUUAAUGGUCAUCGAAAUUUUGUGGCCUGAAACUCAAUAGCGAGGGAGAAAGGAGUGGGAAAGGAGAUGGCGGCUAGGGUUUGGUCACCCUUGGUAGAGCGACGGGAGGUAGGGUCCAACGGUAUCAAUAUCAGUGACCUUACAAAAUUUAGUUUAUGAGCAAAGACAUUAGGGAAGAAGCAUGGAACAUGAAACGACAUAUAAUUCCAAUUAGCUGGCCGAAUAAUAUCUUCACCCGUAAAUUAAGAACGAUAACCACACAGGAUGAAAUGAAUGCUCGUUGCCUGUGAGCAAUAUAUAAAGAGGGAAGAGUUUUUGGCGUCUACGGAAAGAUGCCUUUGCAUUGUCAACCAGGGAAGAAAAUCUCGUGUUACUCGUGGAUCUUGUCCUUAAUCCAUACUUAUCGCCGCCUAACUCUGAUCAUUGCGCCGCAUGCAAUGGAAUGAGCACGGGUAUAAAUAGGAGGCUAAUGGCACCUACAAUGAAGCAACAAGCUAGUACCACUGAGCAAGCUAUCGCACAGUGAAGAAGCUCUCGCCGACAUUCUAUGCCGCAAGCUGCCCGGGGCUGCAGUUGGUCGUGAGCAGCACCGUGAACUCGGCCAUCCUCGCUGAGCGCCGCAUGGGCGCCUCCCUCCUCAGGCUCCACUUUCAUGACUGCUUCGUCCAAGGCUGUGACGGAUCCAUUCUUCUGGACGACGUGGGGAGCUUCGUCGGUGAGAAGACCGCUGGCCCGAACAAGAACUCUGUGCGCGGCUACGACGUCAUUGACCGGAUUAAGCAGACCCUGGAGCAAAUGUGCCCUGGCGUCGUCUCCUGCGCCGACAUCGUCGCCCUUGCUGCACGGGACAGCACAUUUCUGCUCGGCGGGCCCACUUGGGAGGUCUUGCUCGGCCGACGCGACUCGACGACAACGAGCUUGGCCGACGCGAACACCGACCUCCCAGCACCGACGUCGAACCUCGACGUGCUCAUCAGCGCGUUCGCCAAGAAGAACCUGAGCCCGCGGGACCUGACGGCGCUCUCCGGCGCGCACACCGUCGGCUUCUCGCAGUGCUCCAACUUCCGCGACCACAUCUACAACGACACCAACAUCGACACCGCCUUCGCCGCGCUGCGCAAGACCGAUUGCCCGGCCGCAGCCCCCGCCGGCAACACGAACCUCUCUCCGCUCGACGUAGAGACGCAGGCCGACGUCUUCGACAACGCCUACUACCGCAACCUGGUGGCCCGGCGCGGACUGCUGCACUCGGACCAGGAGCUCUUCAACGGCGCCUCCCAGGACGCGCUGGUGCGGCAGUACGGCAACAACCCGGCAUUGUUCGCCUCUGACUUCGUCACGGCGAUGAUCAAAAUGGGGAGCAUAAGCCCGCUCACCGGAGCCACGGGCGAGAUCAGGCUCAACUGCAGGGUCGUCAACGGCUGAUCAGCCGUGGUCUAACUAUCCAAUAUCCCUGCAUCAUACUUCACAGCACGUUAAGUGUGUGCAAACGUAUCCAUCAGCAUGCAGGUGACAGAGGUGUGCAUAGUUUGGUUGGUUACAAAGGUAAUUAAGGGGCGUGGCUAUUUCUAAGUCGUCCGAUAAUUAAGAAAUGAGCAUUAAAUAUCAAUCGACGUUUUCGAACCGUUGGAUUAAGAUCUGAGGGUCAUUCACAUUUCCUCAUCUCUCACUUGCUAUCGUUGGAUUAAAAUCCAGUGACUAACAUAUCGAUUGAUCUCUAACUAAAAAACAGACGACCGUUCACUAGCAAAACCGUUAUGGUAACCAUC